CAGAUCCCCAAGAAGCGCUACCAGCAGAGUAUCAAGGUUAAUCAAAGCCACCGGCAACGUCCGGCAUUCGCAAGGCCAAAGACUACCGCCGCCGCCGCUACGUGACCUCGACUCCGUACCGCGGUCAGUAACUCUCCUCGCACCACGCACUCGGAGAGGCGCAGACAAGCCCACUCGACCCGAACCCUUGCCAGGCGCCGCCGUCUCCCUCCUCUCACACGCCGAGACGCUCGACACUUGGGGCUUUCCAAUCAGCCCGCCAAAACUUCUCUAACGGUCCAACAGACCAGAUACCGCACUACGCACCAUUACAGCACACGCUUAAAAGGACCCCGUGGACGGUGGACAAGCGGGACGCCGGGCUGAGGUUUAAUUUAAAAUAACCCCCCAGUUCGUCUGGCCCGUCCGACCUUGCCUUACCCUUCCCCUCCGAGCGUCACUUCCAGGCUGCAGCUCAACUAGGCCCUGCGCAUCCGUACCUAUUUCUUCCAAACUCCCGCCGCUUGCCUGCAACCCACGCCCCCCGACACAUACGCGCACAGCUUCCCGCAUUGCUGUCAUUCCAUUCACCGAACCUUAACUUUUUCCCACAGACAAUCCGCCCUUCGUCCAUUCACUUCAGUCGUUCACGGCCGCUUUGCGAUAUCUUGCGACGUUCAUAUCAGCAUCUCUUCUGAACAUCCGACCACUCCGCUUCGACUCGGGCACUUUUCCCCUUUGUCCGUUGUAGGACCCCUAGAUCCGUGCUUCCGACGCAAGUCUCCCGUCCCCUCGCGGCUCAGCGCUCCUCCGCCCGCCGGUUCCGCGACCGCAAAGAUGAAGGCCAUGAAGGGGCUUAGUGUGAAUCGGAUGAUGAGUACGCUCAAGAAGCGAACGACGAAUAACUUCAGUGGAUCCAGCCAAGUGUCGGCAUCGCCAGUAGACCCGCAGAACGAGACGCCCGAAGCUACGGCUGCGCGUAGCGUGAAACAAUUCUGUGAAUCUGGGGGCCCCAAUGCUCAGGGUGAUGAAGUUCUCUACCUCCCGCCCAUUGUCGAUGCCGCUGAGUCUUCUCCGGCGGCAGCCGCCGAAUGCGCGCGCAUCAUCCGGAAAUACCUAGCCAAAGACAACCACGCCAAAGCCUCGUGGCAGUACAAUGCCAUCAUGCUGAUUCGCAUCCUUACCGACAAUCCCGGCCCCACGUUCACGCGGAACAUGGACAAGAAGUUCGCCGAUACCGUCAAGGAGUUAUACCGUACUACGCACGAUCCCAGUGUCAGACAGAUGCUAUCCGAGACAUUGGAUACCUUCGAGGCUACCAAGUUUGACGACCAGGGUCUGGGCGAGUUGAUCUCUAUGUGGAAGAAGGAGAAGGAACGAAGCUACAAGCAAUAUGGCAACCCCAGACAGUCUAUGGCUGGCCCCGAUCCUCGGACCAUGAACGCGCCGCCAUUCAAUCCCCAUUCGCAGAAUUAUUUUGCAAGAAAUCACACCAAUCGAAGCUUGCCUACCCCCGUUGAGCUUGCAAGUAGGUUAGAGGAGGCGAGAACAUCUGCAAAGUUACUUUCUCAAGUUGUCGUCAAUACUCCUCCCCAGGAGGUCAUCAACAAUGACCUGAUCAAGGAGUUCGCGGACAGAUGCCAGAGUGCUUCGAGAAGUAUACAAUUGUACAUGACUGCCGAAAACCCGUCUCCCGACAAUGAGACUAUGGAGCACCUGAUCGAUACGAACGAGCAACUGCAGUCAGCGCUCAACCAACAUCAGAGAGCGGUUCUAGGCGCUCGGAAGCAGCUCGGAAUUGACCCGAGGUCAGAUAAUGCUAGCCCCGUGAGCCCCCAGACGGCCGAGUCUCAGCAAGCGAGUCGAACCCAAGAAUGGGCGCAUGCCCAGGCCCAGUCGUCAUCUUCUAGUUCGACCCCUCCUCUUCCGACAAGGCCAUCCGAAGGAAGCGGAAAGGGCAAGGCAUCAGAAUCCUUCGCCCCACCCCCAGGACCGCCCCCGAAAGCCCAACCGCAAUAUGGGGCCGAGGACCCAUUCAGGGACCCCCAACCGGAGAACCACUACUCUUCAUCGAGCAGACCCGGAGGGUCCGGUGGUGCGGUGGAACUACCGGGCGAGGAGCCGCGGCUGGCUCAUGAACCAUUCCAUCCAGGCUUCAACCCCACUCCAAGCUACCUUGGAAGACAAGACAGCGCUCUUGGCAAAAUCACGAUGCAUGGCGCCGACGAAGCCACUACGCCCGGACCCCUCAGCGGGAACCCGAUUCAGACUGUCGACCUUAGGAACAGGCAAGAGACACUGCAUGAGGACUCGGAUGAUGAUCUUUACGAAUCAACCCCGAAGAGUUCCAAGAAGAAGGACCCGGUGUACAGGUACUAGGUUGGGUGGCGGAAGCUCGAUUCUGUGAGAUGAUGUAUCCUGCCAUGUUUUGUUGAUCAGAAAAGGGGGGUAUUUUCCCUGCGCAUAUUGCUUUACAGUUCUCGCAAGGGAAAGAUUGGGUAUCUUGUGGUGGUGUUCUCAUCUCCCCCAAGACAGAUGAAAUUUGCCGCUCUUGAUGAGCGAACACAGUUGUCGAUUAUAGGCAUUAGCAAAGCACGGCGUCUGGCUUACGAGUUUACCUCUAUGAAAUCAGACCUUUUUAUCCUCAGGGAAGUGACAAUGCUCUUUUGUCGUCGCUCUUAACCAGAGGAAGUGAUGAGGCAAUGGUACAGAAGGAGCUGCUUCUGGUGCUGUCGAGAGGGAAAGUGGGAUCAGAGAGAGACGUUUCGCUACGUAUUAAGUUGUAGGCAGUCUUC